ACAAGUUCAAUAUCAAAUUGUAAAAGCCCAUUCUAUCCACUUGACGCGAGUUCAUCAACACCUCCCCCGGAUAAGCAGAAACUCCACAAACCAGUUUGUCCCAGAGAAAGAGAGAGGCACAGAUAUGGCAGCUGCCGUUUUAUCCUCUUGCUUGGCCCUUCCUACAAAGCUCAAGAACCUCUCCCUCAAUAGCAGUUGCUCCACUGCUUCUUCUUCUUCUUCCACUUGCCCAACUUUCGGGUCUCUCAGUUUCUCCUCCGCUCUCUCCCACAAUGUGUUCAACAAAGGGUGCUUGUCGAUGAGCAUAGUUAGAAGGCCAAUUGGGCAUUCAAUCGUUUGUGAAGCUGCUCCAAAGAAAAAAGCUGAUUCUGCAGAAAAGAGAGCUCGCCAAGCUGAGAAAAGGCGGAUUUACAAUAAAGCACGCAAGUCAGAAAUUAGAACCCGUAUGAAGAAGGUGUUGGAAGCAUUAGAUGAUUUGAGGAAGAAGCCCGAUGCACAAGCUGAGGAGGUCCUUCCCAUUGAAAAACUAAUUGCAGAGGCAUACUCAGUCAUUGAUAAGGCUGUAAAAGUAGGAACGAUGCAUAGAAACACUGGAGCGCGAAGAAAAUCACGACUAGCUAGGAGGAAAAAGGCAGUAGAGAUUCAUCAUGGCUGGUAUACCCCUGCUCCUGCAGGAGUAACUGCCAAUUGAGACGUUUUAAAUUAGAGGAGGAUUUCUGAGUUUUAUGUAUGAAAGAUUCUUACUAUCUCUCUUUUUGUUACACAAAUGUAAUUCCUUUGGGAGAUUUUACUGUAUCUAUCUAGGUUUUGUCCUUCAUAGCUAUUGCUAUAUAUGCUGCUUCUAGACUGUUUUA